CCAAAACAUAUGAGAGACAAUAUUUAUUCUGGAACAACUAAAUCACCAAUAUUCAAUUAUAUGAAAUAUUUGAGAUAUAUUGAUAUCGCGCCAAUUUGUAAAAGUGUUAACAAAUGGAUAUUAUCAAAGAAAAUUGAAGAACUUCCAUUAUUCAAAUAUUUACACGUGACUUGCGAUAAUUCAAUUACAAGGGAUUAUGAGAGGACUAUCGUUGAAACUUUAUGUGAUUAUUUUAUCUCCUGUUCGAUACAUAUAGAUGAAAUUGAUUUAUCAUGUCGUCCUUUCAACAUAUUUAAUCACCCAUUCGCUAAUCCAAACUUAUCAAAGAUAAAGACAUUUAAAUGUAAUGUAACUUAUUUACCUGAUUUGAUGGAAGUCGGUAUUUUCAAAUCAGCUUCAAAGAUCGCAAAUGAUAUUCAUUAUUUGGAAAUUCGAUUCAUAUGUUCACAUCAUAAUUAUUUAUCGGAUGAUUUAAAUUCACCUGUUAAAGAUGUAACAGAGUUUAUUGAAUCACAAAAAAAUUUACAACAUAUAAUACUUCAAUGUACUUCAAUUGAGUUCCCUAUAAUUUUGGUUAGUCUUUGUACACAUACCAAAACUUUGACUCAUAUUGAAUUAUAUAGGAUUAACUUUGGAUGUGGAUUUCCACUUUAUUAUUUGGCCAAAUUGGAGAAUUUAAAACAUUUUAAACUUGAAUCAUGUAGCUUUACUGGAUUAUCCAAUAAAAAUGUUGGUCAAACAUCAUUUCAAAAAUUAGAAUCAUUAACGAUCAAAACGACAACUAUUCAAUCAGAUAUAUUGGAAACUUUAAUUCGUCAAGCCAAUAAUAGUAUUCGUAUAUUGGAAAUAAGAAAUUUUAGAGUUUUACGUGAAUUAAUUUAUUCUUGUAGAAAUUAUUGUAUAUUAUUAACAAGAUUAAUUUUAUCAAUUAAUCAAGGAACUCUUUUAUCAAUAAUUUCUAUGAUAACAACAUGUAGUAAUUUAAAAGAAAUUCAAAUUUAUGAUGAAACGUUGAAAGAUGGAGGAUUUUA